AUGACGGACGAGGGGGACAACCAACUCAGCCUACUAUUCCUUAGCCAAUUCAUAAGCGGUAAGAAGAGUCGGAAGUCAAAUACUCAUCUGUUCACCAUCACACAAGAGCCUAGGGAAUCGUUUAAAGACUACAUAACUCGUUUUAAUGAGGAAGCAUUACAGGUGGAAGACUAUGACGACAAGAUGACACUCUCUGUCGUGUUCAAUGGUUUAAAAGAGGGAAAGUUCACCUUCUCCAUUGGAAAGAAUCCACCAAAGAUGUUAGCUGACCUCAUCGCCAGAGCUAAAAAGUAUACUAAUGUCGAGGAAUUCUCCAAUGCUUGUAAAAAUGUUCAAGUGACAGAGCCGACUGGCAAGGAGAAGAUGCUAAGGAACGAAGAACCUCGGCCAUCCAACAAAAGACUACAUGACCACGCCCCUCGUGAUCAUCGUCCGAGUAGGAAACCGAAGGGUAAAUUUCGUUCCUACACCCCCCUCAACACGUCUACCGAGCAAUUUCUAUUGGACAUCAAAGGGCACAAACUUCUGAAUUGGCCUGUUUGUAUGAAGGCUGACCCAGAUCAUCGGGACAAACACAAGUAUUGCAGUUUUCAUCAGGAUUACGGCCACAACACAGCUGACUGCGUGAAUCUCAAAGAUGAGAUCAAGGCCCUUACCCGUAAGGGUCAUCUGCGUUGA